AUGGCUGGCACAGACUCAGUUGACUUGAGAGAUAGGAGUGGUUGGAUAAGAGCUCGUUAUUCCCGUUUGGGUGUUGCAUGUGUGGUAGCACUCACUCUAUUCACUGACAUGUUGGUCUAUGGCGUGGUCAUUCCUUGUCUGCCUAUCCUUGUCAUUGAUAGAUUGGAAGGCGAUUCUACAAUGGUUGGGUUCUUGUUUGGCUGUUAUGCAUUUGGUCUAUUAUUGGCAACUCCUGUAUUUGCCAUUUUGUCAGACCGCUAUCAAAAUAGAAGAUAUCCCAUGAUGGGCGGCAUGUUGGGUUUGGUGAUUUCUACAUUAGCAUUCGCCAUGGCAGAUACAUAUGCAUUGUUGGUAUUGGCUCGUGUGGCUCAAGGGGUAGCGGGUGGUGCUUCAUGGACCAUUGGCCUUGGUUUGCUGGCAGAUGUAUUUCCAACAAAGAAAUUGGGCGCUGUCAUGGGCACAGUCUUAACAGCACACACAGUUGGAUUUGCAUUGGGCCCUGGUAUUGGAGGAGCUUUGUAUGAAUACGGAGGCAUGGAAGCACCCUUCUUCUUUUGCGCUGGAUUUGCUGUACUCAACUUUUUAGCUAUCCUCUGGUUAGCGGAACCCAAGCACAACCACAUUGAAGAGACACAGGAUCAUGUUUCGCGAGCACAAGAAGAGAUUGAUGAGACAACGCCCUUGGUGAACAGCUGCAAUAGAGCAACAGACAAGAAGCCAUUGACCAUGAUUGAUCUCUUGAAGAACUGGCGAAUCUUGUCAUGCGUUUUGUGUGUUACAGUCAGUGCAUCUGUUUUCGCUGGUAUUGAGCCUGCGUUACCUAUUCAUUUGCAGCAAACAUUCAGUGCGUCUGCAUCUACUAUUGGUUUGAUCUUUGUCGCCAUGGUUGUCCCUGCUUUUCUCGCUCCUUUGAUCGGCCAUCUCUCGGACAAGAUGGGUAGACAAGUGAUCUCAGCCACUGGUAUGAUUAUGAUGGCCGUUGCUUCACCAUUAGUGGCACUCCAUUAUACCUCCAUCUAUUGGAUCAUACCUCCUCUUAUGGUGUUUGGUCUCUCUAGUCCCGUUACAUUGACUCCUGUUUUACCUGAGAUGGGUGAAACUGUGAACGAGAUGGGCGGUGCAGCAUAUGCUCAAGUUUACGCAUUAUACAAUAUGGCUUAUUCCAUUGGUAUGUUUAUUGGUCCUGUAGUUGCUGGUUUGAUCAUGUCUGCUGCUGGUUUCGAGACAUUGAUGAUUGUAUUUGGAGCAUCGCUCAUUAUUUGUAGUCCCAUCAUGAUGAAUUGGGGUGCUGUAUAUAGAAAAACAGCAGCAUUCUUUCAUCGCAAUUAA